GAGAGCUCUAAGAUUGUAAUCGAAGUGGGAGAGAGAACACUGUAUCCGAUCCUUAAUUAUGGUGAAGAAGACAGCCUUGAAGGUUAGUAUCCCAUGCGAGAAAUGCAAGAAGAAGCUCCUCAAAGCAAUCUCUACAUUAGAAGGGGUAGAUAAAAUCGAAGUGGACUCCUCCAAGGGAAUGUUGACGGUGACGGGCGACGUGGACCCUUACGAUGUCAUACUCCAGGCAAGAAAAGCGGGCAAAUACGCUGAGGUCGUGAGCAUCGGGCCUCCUCCUCCGCCGCCUAAGCAAGACGGCCAGAAGAAGCAAGAAGAGAAGAAGCCUGCGGAGAAGAAGCCCGAGGAGAAGAAGCCCGAGGCGACGGCGACCCAUAUCCACAGUCCCUACGAUUGCCCCAUCUGCUGGCAAAUGGCGAUCGUCCAUGCGCCGAGAUGGGAAGAGCCCGAUCCGUCCUGCUCCAUCAUGUGACAUCCCAUCUGCACUAGGGAAUCUGCCAAGAUCUAGAUUUGGUAGAUGUGAGAUAGGAGUCAUUUAGCCACAUUAUUCUUACUUUCUUAGCAACAUGCGCUUUUCUUCCUUAUGAUCAUAUAAUUGGAAUCCAAUCAAAUUUAGUUUCAGAUGGCCCCCAAAUGUUAUUUAAAAAAGGAAUGGAUUGUAAAAUAAUGAAGUAAAGAAUUAGGGCUCAUCAUUGUUGCAGUUCAGCUAUACUCCAGCUCAUAAAUCGAAUAAUAUAAAAAUCGGGUCAGCUGCAUACGAGAUGAAAUUUGUAGUUCACAUCCAGUCUUGAUUACAUCGACCCGGCCAAUUUAAGUUAGUCAUAUACAAUCAACUGGCCAUGCGGUGU